UAGUUAAGAUUCGAACCUGGAGGAUUUUAAUGCAAUGAUUGACUCUACCAGCAAUAUGAUGGGACCGGAUGUGGACCAGAAGUCCUCGUGCAUGAUGGGAACCGGUAAUAUGAUGCAUCAUGGAAUGCAACAACAACAACAACAGGAUAUGAACAUGACGUCACAUGGAAACGCAGCCGAUAACGCCUUUGCAGACGACAGUGACCCGAAUCACUCCGAUUCCGGAAUCAUUGGUGACGUAGACGAAUGCGAUGAGGACGGUGCUUUCUCCGGAACAUCAACGCUCUCUCAACAAAAACGCCGCUUCGCAGACGUGAAACCGCCAUAUUCCUACAUCGCACUCAUCACCAUGGCAAUUGAAAGCUCAAAUAACGGGAUGAUGACAUUGAACGAGAUUUACGCAUUUAUCAUGAAUCGCUUUCCAUACUUCAAAGAAAAUCAACAAAGAUGGCAGAAUUCUAUACGUCAUAACCUUUCGCUAAAUGACUGCUUUCUAAAAGUUCCCCGUGCCCCAGGACGACCCGGAAAGGGAAACUACUGGGCUCUGCAUCCAGGCUGCGGGGAUAUGUUCGGCAACGGAAGCUUCCUAAGACGGGCAAAGAGAUUCAAACUUCAGAAACAGAAAAUGGCUGCCGAGGCGCAUGUACAGCACGUGAAUUCUUACGGACAUUUCAGUUUAUACCCUCCACCUGGAUAUAAACCGUAUCCAUCACUUAACCCACUUGGACUUCCGUCUUUUUCACAGGGCAUAAGUCAGUCACAGCAAUACGGACUUCCAAAGACUGAACCCUGGGGAAGUCAGCCAACGUCAAAUUAUUCACCUUAUUACUCACCCGGUUCAAUGUCAAACGGACUUAGUAAUACUUUAAGUAAUGGACUCGGUAACAGUUUCGGUUCGAGCCUCGGAGGAUCAUUAGGCGGCUCAUAUCUACCAGUGUCAAACCCACCUUCCUUACCUCCAACCACGAACUCUUCACUAAGUUCUUACUCUUCAUUUCAACAGUCGCCUUAUUAUGGACCUCAAUAUAGCGGUCAAUUGAGACUUCAACAAUAACUCUGUGAUAUUAUGAUUCUAAAACUAGUGCAAAGGUUCACUGUCUCAUUUUAACGUAAACCAGGGCAAUAUUUAUAAUCAGUACACAUGCAAAUAGGCAUUUUGCUUCCUUGCGUGAAAUAAUUAAAUUUACUGUUAUGAUUAACGUUUUCAUUAUACGAUCCAAGGACAUUUUAAUUGUAAGUUUCGAAUUUUAUGAAGUACAUUUGUCAAUUAUAGACGGCAAAAGAUAGAUCUAGAAUCCGAAAUAUGUGUAUUUUCAAAGUCUUGUUUUAUAGUCGUUAUGUGUGCCGUGCCGGGCCUACAAGAACCGGUUUAUACACAAGUUGUUAAAAGUUAUUUUUUUUGUAAAAUCAUGUAUGUUUGUAAAUAUAUUUGAAAUAUCAUCACGUUCACUGUCUACGCAAAAAAUGUAAAAUAUUGUUCAGUGUUGUGCACUGUCUAUGCCAAAAUAUAAAAUAUUGUUCAGUAUUGUGCACUGUCUACGCAAAAAUGUAAAAUAUUGUUCAGUAUUGUGCACUGUCUACGCAAAAA